UCUGCCGCCCCCGGCGCCGCGCUCGCCACCUCGCCGUGGCCGCGUUUGUUUACAAGUCUCCCGUUUCAGACGUUGCCUUGCACAUCUUUAUAGCCCGGCCCCGUGUCCGAUGAGUGACCGGCAGGCACCGUGUUUGUUACACAGCUAGUGAAUGGCGGUUUCAACUUCCCUUCCCACGUUCUUUCACUACACUGUAGCCAGCCUCUCGGAGUGGUAACCGUAGUUACCAGUUAUUGAGGAUCUUCGAUUUACCAACAGCAUGAAUCAAGAAAAGUUAGCCAAACUUCAGGCUCAGGUCCGGAUAGGGGGAAAGGGUACAGCUCGCAGAAAGAAGAAGGUGGUACACAGAACAGCUACAGCUGAUGACAAAAAACUUCAGAGUUCUCUAAAAAAACUGGCUGUCAAUAAUAUAGCUGGUAUUGAAGAGGUGAACAUGAUUAAAGAUGAUGGGACAGUUAUUCAUUUCAACAAUCCCAAAGUCCAAGCUUCCCUCUCUGCUAAUACCUUUGCAAUUACUGGUCAUGCAGAAGCCAAACCAAUCACAGAAAUGCUUCCUGGAAUAUUAAGUCAGCUUGGUGCAGACAGCUUAACAAGCCUUAGGAAAUUAGCUGAACAGUUCCCACGGCAAGUCUUGGAUAGCAAAGCACCAAAACCAGAAGACAUCGAUGAAGAGGAUGACGAUGUUCCAGAUCUUGUAGAAAACUUUGAUGAGGCAUCAAAGAACGAAGCUAACUAAAAUCUUUUCUGGUUUUGGAAGCUGGCAUGGACUAGAUUUAACAAAUCAGCUAUGUGGUUCCAAAGUUUUACAGACACAGAGAACAUCACCUGUUACUAGUUCAGUAAUAUAAAUAUUUUGUAUAUUAAUAAUGCUGUUUGUUCAGCAUUUUUUGGUCAUUUGAUUUUGCAUUUUGCACUUCCUCCCAGGAUCUAUUCUUUUGGUCAAAAUAUGAAGUAUUGGUGCAGCUUGAGGGUGUUUUGGUUUUUGAUUUUUUGUUGUUGUUGUUGGGGUAUUUUUGGUGAAUGUAUGUGUAUGUAUGUGUGUGAGUAUGUGUGUAUACAGUGGAAAGCAAAUUGGAAAACAGUUCUAUUUAUCCUCCUCUUUUUCCCAGUAGAAAUAAAACAGAUCUUUACACUUGUUA